AUGCGCGGUCCUGACCUGCCUGCUAACGUUGUACCGCAGGCCAAGUUGAUGACUGAGGUGGAGCGGUACAGCUCGUUGCUGCAGGAGAAGGAGGCUCUUAACGAGAGGUGGGACGAGCAGAACGCUCUGCUGGUUGAGAGUCAUGAGCGCGUCAUUGCAGAGCUGACAGAGGAGUACGAGGCCAAGCUGGCGGAGGAGGCGCUGGCCAAGGAGGCGCUGAGGCAGGAGAAGGAGGGCCUAGAGCGCGAGUUUGCAGAGGUCAAGCGCCAGAUGGAAGAGGACGCGGACUGCGAGAUUGAGGACCUCAAGGAGACCUACGAGCAGAGGCUCGGCGCCGAGAGGGAGACAGCCCUGAGGCUCAAGGGCGAGAAUGGCAUCAUGCGCAAAAAGUUCCAGCCGUGGGACUCGCGCCACCUGCGCCCCCCCACAUGUGACGUCAUCAUGACGUCAUCAUGA